AUGAGUUAUACACUCAAAAAGUCACAAACCCACUGCGUGAUGCUGGACGCACAUUCCGCAGACCCCAGAGAAGCCGUCCCACAGCCCCGCGCAACAAUGGCUACCGUGUCCAUGACAAGCGAGCUAGAGCCUUAUCUAGCUUCCCUCCGGUCGUACCUAGCCCAAAGCAGUCCUACGCCCCCUGCUGAAACAGAUUCGGAAGACAACGUGAGCGAUAUCACUCGGCCUCACGGACGUCGCACUCUGCAACGCGAGCGGACGAGUGCGAAAGAAAAAGGUGACGACAGUCGUCCUGGCUCGAGGGGAUCGGUUGCGGAGAAUCCACCUUUUCAGGUCUGUUGA